CUCCAGAACGGGAAAGCUGGCAGAGGUUCACCUGGCACCAUGCCGCCCCCCUGGGCUUCCCGGUCCCCCAUUGGUGACCCAAACUAGUGGGGAGGGGAAAAGGGGUUUGCAGACAAAACGCCCAUGUUCCACCCCGGCAUGAGCGAUGGGGGCAGCGGCUCUGGCAGACGCGCCCUCCUCCUGGGCGACCCCGGCGGCCCCUCCGAGUCAGCGCGAGACAAGGAGAGCGCCAAGGGACGCGGCGGAGGUGGCGGCGAGAUCAGGGACCUGGCGGCGGGGACGUCGGCUUCCAGCGGCCCUUCCAAAGAGUGCGCCUCGGAGACCGGCAACCAGUCCCCCGCGGGCGAAACGGAUUACUGCCGCCGGAUCUUGGUGCGAGAUGCAAAAGGGACUAUCCGGGAGAUCGUCCUUCCCAAAGGACUGGAUCUGGACCGGCCCAAGAGGACCCGCACUUCUUUCACUGCUGAACAGCUGUAUCGGCUGGAGCUGGAGUUCCAGCGCUGCCAGUAUGUCGUGGGCAGAGAAAGGACAGAACUAGCCAGGCAGCUCAACCUUUCGGAGACCCAGGUCAAGGUUUGGUUCCAAAACCGGCGCACCAAGCAGAAGAAGGACCAGAGCAGAGACUCGGAGAAACGCCUCUCCUCCAGCUCCGAGUCUUUUGCCACCUGCAACAUCUUGAGGCUCUUGGAGCAAGGGCGGCGCCUCUCGGUCCCGGCCCCUCCGGCGGCGCUGCUGUCCCCGAGUCCUCAGCCAGCCGGGGCCCACCCAGGAAAUGGGCCUCCAUCCCCAGGCCUGAGCAGAGCGGGCAGCCCUCCCGCCACAGGGGGCUUCAGCUUGCGGGUCUGCUCCCCGGCCGCCCCCGCGCCCUCGCGACUCCCCGCUGGCCCCCUCUGCUUCGGCGGCCCCCUCCUGGGAAGCCUGCACGAGUUGCCGGGCGGCUGCGGACUGGGGCCGUCCGCCUUCGAGCCCUACGCGCGGCUGGAGAGGAAAGACAGUCCGCCGCACCGCCAGAAGCCGAGCCCUUAA